GUCGCAGUCGCUUGUUGCUGUGCCCUCAGGGACACACAUAGAUGCGCAGGGCGGCAGCACAUGUGAUGCUCGAAGUGUGGAGGGAGAGGUGGACGGCCCGCCAGUGGCCCCGACAAUUACAAUGUUGCCUAACGCAGCGCUGCCAGCGCAGGCCUUGUUCGUAAAAGGUCGUUGGUGUGACGCCAUAUUCUUCUCGGGCAAAAGCUGGGAGAUUCGCGGCAAGAACACUACCAAGCGAGGCCGCAUAUGUAUCGCCAAGUCAGGCGCCAACCAACUCAUUGGGGAAGUCACCGUCGUUGACAGCCUGCCCGUUGGGGUCCGCGACAAGUCAGGCGAGUUGCGUCCAGCAGACGAGACGCCGGGUGCUGCCCAGUUGUUUGUGAAACGCCCUGACAACUUCAAGAAACAUUGCAUCGAGGAUUUUUCUGUCUUGAAAGGUUAUAAAAAGUGCUAUGCCUGGGUGCUUGCGAAUGUAGUCAGGUAUGAGGUGCCCCUGCCCUGGAAGCCAAAGCGCGGGCCGGUCACCUUUGCAAACAUAGACAUGGCGCAGGUAGCAAGCCGGGGAGGGAGCGCAGCUAAGGCCAGCUGUCAGGCGGCCCGGGUCUUGUUGCAGUGGCGCUGCCGUGCUACACUCCGAAUGCUGCCUGCGCCCAUGGCCCACUUCCAUUCAGUUGGUCCUCUGUGCAGUCCCGCCAACAUUCGCCUUGAGCUGCGCCAGCCGGCCUCCCGCUUGAUUGUCGGGCUCAAGCCCAAGCAAGUCGUUGUGCCUGGCGUCAGCGAUGCAUGUUGGAUCGACAUUCGCAAUCCCCUGCAGUCCCAGAUGACCGUCUCGGUUGGUCAGGCAGACAGGUUUGCAGCUGGUGAUUGGGGAGGCCCUUCUGCUUGCGGACUUUUUGACUGGCCCCUGCACACUUUGCAGUUGUCUUGGACAAGCGACUCCUGUGACCUGAGCAUAGACGGUUUUCCAAUCGCGCAUGUCAGACCAGUGGACGUGGCCACAUGGUCCUACCUGUACAUGCACUGUCUAGGGGAUCACAUCUCUUCGGCAACCUUCAGUGCAACACUGCUGCCCAGUGAAGUGCGGAGUGUGCCCCUGCCGCCUUCGUGCGAGGUGUGUGCCGCAGCAGCUUGUCACUGCUGCCGCGUCUGCAACACGUGGCAGUGCGCUGCUCAUACCACUUGCAGCGGCUGUCCGGUCGACAUGCAAGCCGGCGGACUGCCAGAUUUUGCAGACUUGCCGUUGGAAGUCUUGCGCAACGCGGCGCAGCAAGUUGCAGAUCUGCAAAGCCUGGUGCAUCUUGGGCGAAGUAACCGAGCAUGGUGGGAACUAAUCCUGCAAAGCGCAACCUGGAGACAGAACAGCAUUUUAGCUCAAGACACUAGCAGCCAGUGCACACGCAGUCAGGCAGCGCAGCGCCUGCUCGGAGGUUUGAGCAUGGACACCGUUGUCCACAUCAGACAUUCGCAGAUACUCUGCGUUCCUGCCAGCGCUGCUGUGUUUCUUGCGCACUGGCAGGGUCGCUACAAGCCUGAAUUCCAUCACCCAGAAGCCCUUGCCCGGUUUUCUUGGAUUGCUCUGCACCCUUGCUGCAGCAUGGCCAGCUUAGAAAUUUGUUUGCCUCGCUUAGCGUCGCACCUAGUUCUCGGAGCACGUUGCGCUCGAAACCGGGCCCCAUUGCGUGGUCGCACAGGCCUAGUGCUCGGUGACUUGUUUACUGAACGUGCUUGGUUUCAGUACUAUCGGCAGGGCCAGCCAGAGCUGUUGCCGUUUGUUUUGCGCCCCGGACAUCUGACAGUGCUGCUGGAGUGGGGCCCCGACAUGUUCCGGGUGUCGGUGAAUGGUCACACGUUUGCUCCUGUUGCGCUGCAGCCGCAUGUGCAGCUGCCUCCUUGGGCCUUCGUGAAGGUCCUAUGCUUGGCCCACCCUUUGGCCUCUGGCGCUGGGUUCUCAGUAGAGCCGCGCCCGGCGAGGUCUUGGAGGGGUGCACCUUCCUGCGCACACUGCGCGAAGCCGGCAGUUGCGGCGGAGCUUUGCUGUCUGGCGUGUGAACAGUGGUACUGCAGCGCGCAUGGUUUCUCCUGCCCAGAAGUUUGUGUUGGUUGCGUUGAGGACACAUGGUGGCCCGACUACCUGGCCGGAAGCACUCUUGACCUUGAGCUCCGCCGUGUGCAAGCCUUGCGACGCCAGCAGCUGCGGCUGGGCGCGUGUGAAGACGACGCCCUAUUGCUAGAAGCACGCCUUGCGCAGGCCGAACUUCGAAUCGUGGCUUUCCCAGGCGCAGAAAGGUUGGUGACUUUCAACGUGCUAGGCAGCAUGAUUCCAUCAGCGUUGGAGUCUCCAGAGUUUGCGCGCGGCGUGGCCGCCUCCAGCCACGCUGUAGCGCAAGGAUGCAGUCCCCCUGCAGGCAGCCUGUCGCUGUAUGACCAUGACUUGCAUUUCGCGUUGCCUUCGCCCAUGUGGUCUGGACGCUUCCCUCGUACCAGGCUGACAUCAGAGCCCGCACUUUGGGAUACGGAGUUUCUCAACACUCCGCCUGUCCUUGACCAUCUGGCAGCCCUGCACAGUCACUCACGCGACCCCGACCUCACCUUUGAUCCUGCCUCGCAUGUGUACAGGUGGCAGGGGCAGCCGGUGCCUGUGUCUGUGACAGGCCUCAUUCACUCGUUCUCAAGACCUUUUGAUAGCUUGGCAGUAAUACGGGCUAUGCGUGAAGGGAGCAACUGGCCCAGGGCUGGCUACAUCGUGCAAUAUGCGUCUCUCGAUUUGCUGGCCGCAAUGGCCAGCAUUCCUGGUACUGAAGCCCUGCGCGCGCAGCUUCAGGCGCUGCCUUUGGACGAGGAGGCAGUGGUUCUCUGCGCAAAGCAGCUUCUGGCAGAGCGGGCCGAUGGUGCCAGUGUGCUGGGCAUGAUCACACUUAGCGACGCAGACAUACUGCAAAAGUGGGCAUCCGCCCGGCGAUGUGGUGCCGCGCGCGGAACAUGGAUGCAUGCGCAAGUCGAGUGCCUGCUGAAUGGUGGAAUCGUUUCUAGCCGCAGCAUAGAGUCCAUAUUUUUUCUUCACUUCGUGCGUGACCAUCUGCUUGCCCGGGAUCUGCAAGUGUACCGCACCGAAUGGCGAGUUUACGCUACGGAGGAGGCUCUGGCCGGCUGCAUUGACUGUGCCGCUCGCCGUAGGGAUGGCGAGCUGGUUCUGUUUGAUUGGAAGCGAACCAAGCAUCUUGUGUCCAAAGCCCGUGCCUUUGGCAGGGUCAUGCUGCCACCCUUUCAGCACAUACCAGACAGCGCGUGGUGGCAUUAUCGCCUGCAACUCAACCUGUAUGCUGCAAUUCUUGAGCGCUACUACCAGCAGCUUGUUGUUGGGCUGCACGUUGUUUGCAUGCACCCAGAGGAGGGCUUGCAAGUCUUCGACGUGCCACGUCUGCCUAGGGAAACAAAUGCCUUACUGGAAGCAGCACGUGCGCGGAGGUGGCAGGAUCAGCUUGGCGGCGCGCUGCCAGUCUGGGCCUGGUCUGAGGUGGUCUCGUUUCUUGCCACGGCUUCUGCGCUUCGCAGUCUACGUUUAUCUUCCAAGGAAGUCGGAGCUGUUGUUCUUUGCCCGCAGAACUGGCGUGGCUUGAGUCUGGAUUUUAGGUCUGUCGGGCUGCGCGGUUGGCGCAAGCUCCUCCCUGCUCUCGCGUUAUGGCAGGAAUCUGCCGCCGUCUCCGUGCCGUACUGGGGCCUUGCCGAUACUCUGACAGUUCUUCCGUUUGCCACAUUUCAGUGGACCGGCCGCUUUAUUUCAGCAGCGCCGCUCUGCUUUGUGUGGGCCUCGCAGCAGCCGCUUUUCGGCGAGGCGUGCUUUUCCUUCGACCUGCAAAGCCAUCUUCGUGAGCUCGUGGUUGGUUUCUGCUCCCCGCUGGGCGCUGGCUGGUUUCGUGUGCACGCUCCAUUCUCGCCGCGUGCUUGCGUGGCUUUCCACACCGGCAAUGCGCAAGAUGCAGUGUGCAAUUUUCUUGAUCUGCCUUCUAAGUUUCAGCAGUCUCCAAUCACACCUUGCAGUGUUUGCCUCCGGUGGGGGGCUGAAGGUGCUGCCCUGCUUCUGGGAGAUGCCAGCGUCAAGGUUAAGGCUGAAUUCCUGGCCCAGCCGCCUCACCCCUGUGGCAAAGUCUUUGUGACGGGCCGACUUGGUGUUCGCGGCACGUCUCCCGUCAUCAGCCCUACACUUUCCCACGUGCCUCAGCACGGCGCAACUGUGUGCCAUCUUUGCCGCAGGAGCGCAGUCGUAACUUCUCGUCUCAUGGAGGCUUGUCGUGGCUGUGGUUCUUGGUUCUGCUUGAAUCACUCUUUCCUGGUGCGCAAAUCCUGCGGGCACUGCCGCAGAACCUGUGUGGCUGCCGAUGUACAUGGUGGCGCCUGCCAGGGCGCCCGCGCCCAAACAGUACGCAGCGGAAGCCAUGCUUUCAUCAGCCCUAUUUGGUUUGACGAGCAGGAGCUACGCAGGCAGGUCCAGCAGUUUGCUGAAGCCACCAGUCGGACUGCUCAGGUUGCCUUUGAAAGCGCGCAACAGCGCACGUGUUGGAGCCUUUUCGGGGAGAACAGUAGCGCUCAAUGUCUUGUUGGCCGCCGUCGUCCGUACGGUCACAUUAUCCGCGCGCUGGAGCUCAGUGGGUGGAAGCGUGUCUCCCUCUCAAACCGGCUUGAGAGCUGCAAUUUGGGGGCCUGUGUGGCUGUCGAUGUGCAAGGCGGCGCUGCCGACGCGUCCCAGGAAUCUGGUCUGCCUGAAAUUGGUGAACUUCCUGCAGGUGAAGAAGACAACGUUGCCGGCGUUGCCACGCCAGGUAGCGAGCAGGCCCAGCUUCAUUCUUCCCAGGAGGAGCCUCCUUGUCCGCGUGACCUUCAGCUCGAAGCCUGUAAGAAGCGUAGGCUGCUUCCAGGCGCAGGCGAGUCUGCCCGCCUCUUUGAAGAAACAUUUGAGGAACAACGCCGGUUGGCCAGCGAGGCCUUGCGCAACAUUAGGCCGGCCCGGGCAGAGUCCAGGUCUUACUCCAUCCUCAGCCAGACGCAGCACGUUCUGGCCGAGAUGCUGCAGCUCCAGCCCACUUGGUCAGAGCAGCUUCGUCGACUUGUGGCAACUGCGUGUGUUCUCCCACGGGUGAGGUUGGCCGAUGCAUAUGUGAGAGAGCACAUUCUAUUCAUUUGGCUCAUGCAGGGGGGAAGGUACAUACGCUCCCACAGCGGCCAGUGCUACCUCUACCACGAAGCUGGGGCCUUUCAGGUGUACCGUGGCUGCCCUCACGAACAGACUGUUGCUCGCUUAAAGGAGUUCCUCCUUCAAUUAGAAGGCUUCCUGCGAGAGCUCCCCACUGAUGUCAGACCUGACUUGCCUUCCUUGGCUGGAGCAGCUCAGCGCAUGAUGGAGGUCCAUGGCGGCGACGUGGACAGGUUUUUGGACGCCUUGUGUGACGCGGGCGUGCGCAGCUGCAGAGACGAGGCAGCGGGGAGGCCGCGUAUUGAGGCUGCAAGACUUCCCGGGGCAGGGGCUGAAGAAGCUCCUCGAGAAAUUCACACCGACAAAAGCUGGGCAGAUCACUGUGCUGCGGCCAUGCUAAAACUGAGCCAAAACUUGCAGCGAGAGAUCAUGAAUGAGCAGAUCUACCGUCUGAUCAACGAGUGGUGUGAAACCCCAAGAAAGCAACAGCCUGGGUGCGCCUACUUGGACACCUGUGUGCGGUAUGAUCGUAGCUGCAGCGUGGAGUUGUGCUCGCCUCACCCUGACAACAACAUCUACUUGCUCAUUCCACAUGCCCUGAAGCCAGCGCUGCCAGACCCCUUUCUUCAGGAAGCAACAGCCCGCCUUGACAAAUUCCUCAGGCAGACGUUCUGGGCGAACACUGACGUGUUCUUGUGCUGCCAGGCAGCGCAGGCGCUCGCCAAGCGGGGUGAGAACAUUGACCGGUGCUUUAUAGGGCAGAGCCCCGGCGGCGUUGGGCAGAGCUUGUACUCCGCGCACCUCAACGCAGUUUACGGCCAGAACCAUGCCUACAUUGAUCCCAACAUCUGGUUCGAUGAUCAGGAACUACGCAAGCAAGUGGAGCAGUUUGCUCACGCCGUGAUUCUGACUGCCCAGGAGGCCCCGGAAACCACGCGAAAAAUGCGUGAGGACCUAUACAAGAAAACAAUGAGUGCAGAUGGGAUUGCGGGCCGGCGCCCGUACGGCUAUAUCACCCGCAUGAUAGAGCUCGUUGGCUGGAAGCGGAUGGAGGUGAACAGGUUCAUGCCUUUCAAAGGCGUUUCCGAGCACAACUUCCCAUCAAUCUUGCGCCGUAGCUUCGUGUGGCUUGCCAAAGCCCGGUUUGUUGCAGCAUGCUUCUUGGCCGACCAUUACCCAGACUCGCAUCUUGAUGGCUACUUCCCAAAAGAUCCAUCUUUGAAAGAGUUCCUCGUGUCUGGGCCAGCCAUUGCAGCCAGUCUGGUCCUCCAGCACGGGUUUGAGAUGAAGUUCGGCCGCGAGCAGUGCCUGAGCUUGAUUGAGAAUUACGCAGGCUUGGGUGGGGAUGCUGGGCUCACGGAAGAUAAAAUGCGCGCUGCCUGCAGCCUGCAGGCUCGUGCGCGGACAGAGACAAUCGCGCCAGGCCUGCUGCCCGAGGCCGAUUCUGAGCACGGAGAAAAUUUGCGUGCGCAGUGCGCUUCCGUUCAAAAAAGCAUCAUUGACUACUGCUGGCAGAAAGGCAUUUUUGCAUGCACAAAGUCCAUGUUCAUCAACCAUGUCAAGCUGCCAGCAGAUGCUCCCAAUCUCGACCGUGAGACCAUGUGGAGCAAGCUGCUUGAGUCUGGCCUUCUUCAGGCGUUAAGCAGACGUGGGAAGGGCAAAGAUCACGCUAUCCCACUUGUCGUGGAGCCGGCAGAGAUUCUGCUGCUUUUCCCUCUCAAGGAGAGGCGCCAGCUUCCUUUUUCAUUUCCGGAGCUCUGGCAUCUUGGCCAAGUGAAGGCUUAUGCCACUUCUCACGGGUCCCGAGAGAACAAUGUGGUGGUUCUCUCUGCGUGCGUGGAUGCAAUCACAUCAAGGCAGAGCAAGCAUGGCCGAAGGACCAGAGCAGAGGAACAGGAACUUGAUAACAUCAAAGGCCUUCGCAGAUCCAUAGACAAGUGUGAAGAGACUAUUGGCCAACUUCUGCAGGCAGCUUUGGAUUUCGAGGCAGUCACCUCAUCUCCCAGCACACGCCGAAGCCGCAAGGAGCAUGAUACAGUUUGCUGUCUCCUGGAACAGUGCGCGCAAGGCAGAACGCAACUUAUUCAGGAGUCCCUCCGUCUGUCUCUGGGCGAAGGCAAGCAAGUCCUGCUGGAGGUUGCCCAUGGCAGCGUUCCUCCACUCUCUUUGAACCGCUGCAAGCUCCUUCGCGACUUGCAGGAUGCUUCAACCUACCUCAAAUGGGUGGCUACAGGCGUGCUGCCUGAGUUACAUGAUGUGUUUGUGCGUGACAUCGCAAAGAAAAAUCCAGAAAACUCAGUGCUUGCGCAUCUCUACCAGGCGCUAGAGGACAUCAUCAUGUGUGCCUGGGUUGAACAUCUCACCGCGCUCGACCUGGCUCAUUUAUCUCUGCACUUUGACGGAGUGCGCCUUGUUCCUCCUUCGCACGUCAGCAUCGAUGACAUAUGCGAAGCAUCGAUGACACACAUCGCGCAGGCAACCGGCUUCAAUCUGCGCAUCCGGCCAAAGAGUCAUGGCUUCUUGCGUGAUCUUCUUUUCAGCCAAGCAGUAACUGUGGGCGCUCUGCAGCCUGCGAGCCCAUCCUACGAGGCUGUGGGCAAUGGCAUUCCUGCAGCGCUAGCUUUCUGUUUCCAGGAUGGCGAACGUGUUCUGCGUUGGCUCAGGGAGUCAAAUUCUGAAAAUGUGAACGCCAAGCGUUUUGGAGUACGCUCCUACCGUGCUUGUGCCGCGCAAUUGAAGCGAGCGUUGCUGGGAAGGCUGGAAUACCGUCCUCCAGCGGCGGGCCGUGUCAUCUUGCAUACUGAGGACCGAGGCAGGGCCCAUGCUAUUCCCUGUGUGUACAAUAAUGAUGGCCCAUGCCAGCUGCUGCUGGGUACCCAGAUCGUGGAGUUGUCCGCGGGCCACAUCGCAAAUGUUGUGGAGACUUGUGUGGACAGGAAGACAAUGGUCUUUUUUCACUGCUUUGCGUCCCAAGAUGAAAUUCCGCCGGAAGGCGCAGAGGCAUGUUUCGGAGACCUGCUCGACUUGCAAGCCGGGAGCUCAGAAGACGACAGCGAGGACCUGCCACUGUCCGAGAGCGAGGGAGAGUAUGCCGGUUGUGGCGAGGAGGGUGAGGAUGACGACGGGGCGCCUGUCACUGUCACUGUUGGGGACACGUUGCUUGCGCUGCUGAAGCAAGAAAAGGAUGCCGUUGCCACGUCGUGCACCUUUCCAUCGCACGGCCGCAAGUUCCGGUGCCCGCUCUGCCCCUUCAGGGCUUUUCAAAGCCCAGAUCGGGUGCGGGUUCACGUCAGGACUUACCACAACGCAAAGUGCCAGCACUGCUGCAGCGGGACGAAGCAGCUUCGCUGCGCUCUUGCUCUCUUCGACCAUGACCAGAUUAUGGGGGGGGGCCUUCGUGCUUCCUACUUGCGCAGAAGUGCUGAGCACAUUCGCGCUUCUGCGGGGUUUCCUGUGAGCGAGACCCAGACUUCCGUGGACCGUCAUUUGAGACUAGUGCUCUCUGGCACUGGGCCAAGGUUCGUUGGCGUGUCAGCGGUCCACGGAGACCUGCGCAGGGCGCGCAAUCUCUACUAUGACCACGCCUUCGCAGACAUGGUUUUCCAGGAAACCCUGACGGCGGGCGCCCGAAUGAAGACUGUGUCUUGGCUCGACUUGAUCGGGCUUCCGCAACACACGCGGCAUUGGUGGCCCAUCGUCGAGGACGUCUUCUUCUCUGCAGCUGCGUUAAACAUCCUCCAGCAGCUUCUCCAGCAGGCUAUAGCGAGAGAAGAGUAUGUCUCCAUCAGCAUUGAUGGCACCAUGAAGUGCUGCAUGGCACUUAUGGGCCAAGCGAACUGGCGACAUCGGGGGGCCAACUCCUGCGCAGGCGCCGCAGAGCAGGCCUGGUACAAGGUCUUGACAAUUCGUGGCAGGACUGGUGCGGUGCUGCUCAUGACGCCCAUUCCUGAUGAAGACGCGCCCUCGAUUGCUGAAGCCUUGCGCAUGGGACUUUCUGGUGAGGCGCUCUCACAGGUUCGGGUGAUCCACACGGAUGAUCCAUCCGUGAGGCUGCUAGCGGCCCUUCGCAGUGUUUGUCCCAACCUAGCCUAUCUCUGCCUGGACGCCAUGCACUUGCCCAUGACAGUUGAGUACGCAUCAUCGCGCAGGCGCAGUGCUGCUUCUAAGAUGCUUCGCAAGCUCAUGGUUAAAUUCAUGCGCCGUUCCGAGUCCAUUGUGUAUGAAGCAGCUUUCAAUGGCACCAACACCGAGCCUCUUACUCUGAUCGAAAGCAACAAGCGCGAGCAGAUUCGGAAAGGCUCCAUGCUGUCUGCCACAGCAGAGCGGGUAACGCAGGAAGUUGAUGCCAAUCUUCCCUGGAGGCAGCGCUUGGAGCUGAUCGAAGCGCUCGCUGCUGUUGCUCGCCUUUAUCCCUCAGAAAUGGACCGGAAAGUGCCGGGGCCGAACAGGACCGUGCGCGAGAUGCUCUUCUCAGCCUGUUCCCCGCAAAGGCUCGGCUGGUUUUUCAACAACGUAAAGGCUCUGGCAGCUCUGCCUAGUCAUUACAUGGAGCUCCUGCCAUCCGGCACUACAUCCAAUGAAGCGCUGCACGCCGAGCUCAAAGCCUGGUUUCGCCAGACCCAGGAGAUGCACAAAUCCACUUUGCAGCUGAAACUGCAUAUUCUGCGUCUGUCCAAGCUGUGGCCACACAAUCUGGCUCUGCGACGACCCACUCUGCGUCAGGUGGAUGCAGCAACACUCCUGUGCAGGGCCUCUGCCCUCUCGCCCUGGAAGCGUGCGGAGUGGAUCUCCUUUGCUGCCUCCGCGGAGAAGGCUCGCCUCCCCUUGGCUGGGAAGCGGAAGGCAGAGGUGGCCACCGUGCGUGAGUUUGUGCGUCGCAAGCCUGCCUUCCGCAAGCCUGCUGCUUCUGAGGGAUUUCGCAAGAAGCGAACACCCUUUAAUCGACCAAGGGAGUCGUCUCUCCGAAUCAUGGGGAAGCGACCAGCGCAGAAGGGCUAG